GAGGAGGGUUACUCUUCAUUGAACCAACAGCUUUAAACUGCUGCCGCUUCAUUCCAUCGCCUCCUUUCAGCAGCCGCGCAUCAGCACCACGAUUUAGGUGCCAGCUUUAGGGUUAGUGGUUCAUUUUUCCAAGUGCCAACAUUUUUGAUACUCUUUCUCCAGCCUCGCCAAGAGGAAGCCGGUGGACUUGCGGUACAGGCGGUAGCUGAGAAGUUGAAACCCAGCUGCUCCAGCACCAGAGGACAGACCCACGCCUUAUCGUCUUUCUGUCUCUAGCCACCAUAGAGACUUAUUUGCGACUUCAGUGAAGUUUUGCCCGGUCCAGAGGACAGCGCAACCUCAUUCAGCAUGACCCGGAGAUCAUGUGCCAUUUACGCCACCGGCAUCGUGUGUGCUCACCUCCUCAUAGUGGGGAUCGCCCUGGUCGUGGCUCAAGUCUUCCAAACGAUGAUUCACAGUCGCUUGAAAAAGGAAAUAACUUUGACAGAGAAGAGCCAAGUAUUUGAGUCUUGGAAGAACCCCCCUCCUCCUGUUUACAUGGAAUAUUACUUUUUCAACGUGACCAACCCAGAGGUGUUUUUAGCGGGUGGCAAGGCAUCAGUCAAACAAAUAGGACCUUAUACAUACAGGGAAUACAGGCCAAGAGAAAAUGUAACAUUCUUGGAGAAUGGUACCAAGGUUUAUGCUGUUAACCCCAAAACCUUUGUUUUUGUGCCUGAGAAGUCUGCUGGUGACCCCACUGUGGACAUUAUCAGGACAGUUAACAUCCCAUUUGUGGUUGUAAUGGACCAGCUGAACUCCUACUCUUUUUUUCUCCGAACAUUGGUAUCUAUGUACAUGAACAGCCUGGGCGUGGAGUUGUUCAUGACGCGCACAGUGCACGAGGUUCUGUGGGGGUUUAAGGACCCCAUUCUCACUAAAGUCCACUCCAUGAAGCCUGAAGUGGACGAGUAUUUUGGCCUUAUGUGGAAGAAAAAUGGUACCCAUGAAGGUGAAUUUGUGUUCCAUACUGGUGAAGAAAACUACCUGGAUUAUGGCAAGAUCGACACUUGGGAUGGCCUGAGGGAGAUGUCAUGGUGGUCUUCGAACCAGAGCAACAUGAUCAAUGGUACAGAUGGUGCAGUGUUCCACCCUCUGAUAAACAGAAACGAGCUGCUUUACAUCUUUGCUGCUGAUCUGUGCAGGUCUAUUCAUUUAGCCUAUGUGAAGGAUGUGGAGGUAAAGGGCAUCCAGGCGUACCGCUUUGCCCCCCCAAGUGACGUUCUCAUGAGCCCUAAAGACAAUCCAACUAAUGAGGGCUUCUGUGUGCCAGCUGGAGACUGUCUCGGCACCGGCGUGCUUAAAGUCAGCGUUUGCCGUCAAGGAGCUCCUAUCGUGGUGUCAUUUCCUCACUUUUACCAAGCUGACCCUGCCUACAUUAAUGCUGUUGAAGGACUCAACCCAAACAAGGAAGAACAUGAGACUUACCUUGACUUGCAGCCUACAACUGGUGUCCCAAUUCGUGCCUGUAAGAGAGCCCAACUUAAUAUCAUUAUGAAGCGUGUCCCAGGAUUCCCCAAAACCAAACAUCUCAAUAUGACCAUAUUCCCCAUCAUGUUCGUCAAUGAGACGGCAACUAUUGAUGAUGACUCAGCCAACCAGAUGAGAACACUGCUUCUU